AUGGGCGAGUACAAAAGUUGCACCAGCCCUUUUUUACUGUACCCUUCCCUCUUUCUGAUCCUCCUUUUUUCUGCCAUGAAUCACCACGUUACCUUCUUUAACUUCCUCCCUUUCUCCCCUCGCAACCACACGCCGAUCUUCAAUGGAAACACUAAAAUAUUGCAGAAAGAUUUUUCCUACAUCGGAAGCAAGAACAGCACCGAGCUUUUGGCUGCAAAAAAGAACUUACAGAACAGUAGUAGUGUUUCGAAUAAUAACACUAUGGCAAAGAGGAACAAUGUUGAAGAAGAGAGAAUUGAAGAGGGAUUGGCGAGAGCUAGAGCGGCAAUAAAAGAAGCAGCUCGAACAAGAACCUAUACAUCCUACAAAGAGGAGCGUUUUAUUCCCAGAGGACCAGUUUAUCACAACCCUUAUGCUUUCCAUCAGAGCCACAUUGAAAUGGAGAAGAGAUUCCGAGUGUGGCCUUACAAGGAAGGAGAACCACCACUCUUUCACAUGGGACCGAUGAACGACAUAUAUUCCACCGAAGGACUUUUCAUGAAUGAGUUACAAACCGAGACAAGCCCAUUUUUAGCUCGGAACCCAAGCGAGGCUCUUGCAUUUUACAUCCCUGUUAGUGUCGUUUUUGUUAUAGAAUACGUCUACAAGCCCUACGUUACUUAUUCGAGGACAAUGCUUCAAGAUGUCGUUGAGGAUUACAUUGGCAUUGUUUCCAACAAAUACCCCUACUGGAAUAGAAGUAAAGGAGCUGACCAUUUUCUAGUUUCUUGUCAUGAUUGGGCCCCAGAUAUUUCAAGAGCGCACCCUGACCUUUACAAGAACUUCAUUAGGGUAGUCUGCAAUGCCAACUCUUCAGAAGGUUUCCAACCAUUCCGAGACGUCUCCUUACCUGAAAUCAACCUCCGCAAAGGUGACUCAGGCUUAACCGACGCCGGCUUUGUCCAGCCACCUAAUAACCGCUCGAUAUUAGCCUUUUUUGCCGGCGGACCUCAUGGGUUUGUGAGAGAAGAACUAUUCAAGCACUGGAAAGAAAAAGACAACGAGAUUCAAGUCCAUGAAUACCUCCCUAAAACCCUAAACUACAAAGAGUUAAUGGGCAAAAGCAAGUUUUGCUUGUGCCCUAGUGGGUAUGAAGUUGCCAGCCCUAGAGUUGUGGAGUCUAUUUACGCAGGGUGUGUUCCGGUGAUAAUUUCUCCUUCAUACGUGCUGCCAUUUAGCGAUGUUCUUGAUUGGAGCAAGUUUUCCAUACACAUUCCAUUCGAAAAAAUACCGGAUAUAAAGACGAUUUUGGAAGGGAUUUCUGAGGCUGAGUAUUUGGAGAUGCAAAAGAGAGUCAUUCAAGUGCAACAUCAUUUUGUGCUCAAUCGACCGGCGAAGCCCUAUGAUUUUAUGCAUAUGGUGAUGCACUCGAUUUGGCUCAGGAGGCUUAACGUGAGGCUUUAG